GCCUGGGCGAGGUUUGGAGUCCCCGGCUGCCUCCUGAGCUUCUGGAAGCCAAGCAAGGAGCAGCAGAGACUGAAGGUCUUCCUGCAACUUCAAGGUCGGCCAGAGAACAGGGCUGGGGGCGGCCUGCCCUGCAGCUGGUCAGGCAGAGGGCUUCGGUGACCUCCCCGUGGGCACCUAGGACCCCGGGUUGCAAAUAAAAGACAGCCCGCCUGGGUCCAUCUGGGAAGGACCAGGACCUGCUGUGUGGGUUUUGUCUUCCCUGGGGCUCCGGGGGUGUGACUUUGAGAUUUACUGGGACGAGGCCUUGGGGUAUGGAUUUAGGGUUAGCGGGGUCUUUGGCCUCCUUGUUUGAGACCGGGGCGGGGGUUGGAUUUAGAGCCUUCUGAGGCCCCUGGGGUGUGAGUUUAGCACUCCCUGCCCCCCCCCAAGGGUGUUUAAAAGCGGACAGGCUUUGGGGCUUGGAUUCAGGACAAGUGGAGGCUGGAAUCCAACGCAGGCGGGCCGUGGGUGUGAGCUGCUAUUUGAUUGGUCCCCGGGGGUAGGGAUCCCGCACGCCACGCGCGGGGCCGGGGGGCGAACCUGCGGCCUUGGGGCAACAACAGGUGGCCGUCUGCACCCUUGAGCGCGGCCUUUUGGCCGAAUGCAAACUUUGUUCCGCGAAGUUUCGGCUGAGGGGCCGCCCCCCGGCGACCUGGAGCCCCGCGUGCGGCCUUGAGGCCGCGGGAACGUCCCGCGAGCCACGCCCCCCCGGCCCGGCCGCAGAACACUCGCGUCUCCUAGACACGCGGGCGGGAGGCGAGGAAGCGGGCGAGGCUUGGUUGCCAUGGAGACAGCGGCCAUCUCCGGCGGGCUGCUCUAGCCCCCCGAGUCUCUUUGGCCGUCGUCUCUCUGGCCCGGAGAACCUCUCUAUGGUCGUGGCCUCCGGAAGGGAGCCAGGCUCGGCUGCGAAGGCCGAGUGGAGAAAGGCGAGGGGCCUGAGGCCGGGUAGACUCGGGGACAGGAUGUGAAGGAUGCGGGCUCCGCGUGCGGGCGCGGCCUCCGCCGCCUCGCUGGCGCUGCUGUGGCUGCUGGGGCUGCCGUGGAGCUGGAGCGCGGCGGCGGCGCUCUGCGUGUACGUGGGCAGCGGCGGCUGGCGCUUCCUGCGCAUCGUCUGCAAGACGGCGAGGCGGGACCUCUUCGGCCUGUCUGUGCUGAUCCGCGUGCGCCUGGAGCUGCGGGGCCACCGGCGGGCGGGCCGCACGGUGCCCCGCAUCUUCCAGGCGGUGGCCCUGCGGCAGCCCGAGCGCCCGGCCCUGGUGGACGCGGGCAGCGGCGUGUGCUGGACCUUCGCGCGGCUGGACGCCUACUCCAACGCCGUGGCCAACCUCUUCCUGCGGCUGGGCUUCGGCCCCGGCGACGUGGUGGCUGUCUUCCUGGAGGGCCGGCCCGAGUUCGUGGGGCUGUGGCUGGGCCUGGCCAAGGCCGGCGUGGAGGCCGCGCUCAUCAACGUCAACCUGCGGUGCGAGCCCCUCGCCUUCUGCCUGGGCACCUCGGGCGCCAAGGGCCUGGUCUUCGGCGGAGAGAUGGCGGCGGCGGUGGCGGAGGUGAGCGGCCGGCUGCAGAGGAGCCUCCUUAAGUUCUGCACCGGGGACCCGGGGCCCGAGGGCGCCCUGCCCGACACGCACCUGCUGGACCCGCUGCUGAAGGAGGCCUCCACCGCGCCCCUGGCCCGGCCCCCCGGCAAGGGCAUGGACGAUCGGCUCUUCUACAUCUACACGUCGGGCACCACGGGGCUGCCCAAGGCCGCCAUCGUCGUGCACAGCAGGUGCGCGGGGGCCAGCCCCAGGGGCGGGGCGCUGCGGGCGUGCGCGGGCACCCCUCACCGGAGCCCGCUCUGGCAGGCGAUGAUGGCGUGGGGCAGUGCCUCUCUACGGCAGACCGGUGGUUCUCGCAAGAAGUUCUCGCCAGCCGCUUCGUGGGACACGGCGUCAACGCCGUGUGUCCGCGGGAGGCCGCAGGGGUACAGGUGUGGAGGGGCGCAGGGGACACCAGCCGCAGCCAUUCGGAUCCGCGUCCCUGGCCCUUGGAGAGAGCGGAGCGUGCAGCGCCCCCCUAGCUGGGCUGUCAAUCAUCCCCAGGCCGUCCGGGUGGGCGGUCCUGGGGGGCUCUCCCGCGACCUGGGCUCCCGGUGCCCCCAGGUGGUCCAGUACAUCGGGGAGAUCUGCCGCUACCUGCUGAAGCAGCCGGCGCGCGAGGCGGAGAGGCGGCACGGCGUGCGCCUGGCGGUGGGCAACGGGCUGCGGCCGGCCAUCUGGGAGGAGUUCGCGCGGCGCUUCGGCGUGCGCCAGAUCGGCGAGUUCUACGGCGCCACCGAGUGCAACUGCAGCAUCGCCAACAUGGACGGCAAGGUGGGCUCCUGUGGCUUCAACAGCCGCAUCCUGCCCCAGGUGUACCCCAUCCGGCUGGUGAAGGUCAACGAGGACACGAUGGAGCUGCUGCGGGACGCCCAGGGCCUCUGCAUCCCCUGCCAGGCCGGGGAGCCCGGCCUCCUCGUGGGCCAGAUCAACCAGCAGGACCCGCUGCGCCGCUUCGAUGGCUACAUGAGCGAGAGUGCCACCAACGAAAAGAUCGCCCACAGCGUCUUCCGCAAGGGCGACAGCGCCUACCUCUCAGGUGACGUGCUGGUGAUGGACGAACUCGGCUACAUGUACUUCCGGGACCGCAGUGGGGACACCUUCCGCUGGCGCGGGGAGAACGUCUCCACCACCGAGGUGGAGAGCGUGCUGAGCCGCCUGCUGGGCCAGACAGACGUGGCCGUGUAUGGGGUGGCCGUGCCAGGAGUGGAGGGGAAAGCAGGCAUGGCGGCCAUCGCGGACCCCCGCGGCCAGCUGGACCCCAACGCCAUGUACCAGGAGCUGCAGAAGGUGCUGCCGCCAUAUGCCCGGCCCAUAUUCUUGCGCCUCCUGCCCCAGGUGGACACCACAGGCACCUUCAAGAUCCAGAAGACCAGGCUGCAGCGGGAGGCCUUCGACCCCCGGCAGACGUCCGACCGGCUCUUCUUCCUGGACCUGAAGCAGGGCCUGUACCUGCCGCUGGACGAGGGCGUCUACACCCGCAUCUGCUCGGGCGCCCACGCCCUCUGAGCCAUAUCCCAGCCAGCCGAGGACUCCUUGAGCCGGACGCCCGCCUGGCCCCGGUGGUGGCCGUCCUGGGGCCGAAUCUGGAACCUCAGAGGAGCCGCUGCUGUCUCCCCCCUUGGCGCUUCUCCGGUGCCUGCUUGUCUGUCUUGCUCCCUGCCUCGUGUCCCUCUGGCCGCCCCUCCCCUUUCCCCUCUGUCCCGCCAGCAGCGGAUCAAACGCUUCUUAGGAGCCGAGUCCUGUCCUGUCCUCGCAGGCCCCCUGCCCCCGAGCGCCCCCUCGGCUGUGCCUUAAGGAGCCCCGGCCCCUGGGAGCUCCAAGCAGGCCCUGCGCCCUCCUGCCCAGCGGAGGGGCCGGGUCGUCUUCCUGGGCUGCCCCCGUGUGCGGGGACAUCGGCAGGUCAACUGGAAAUGUCUCCAGCCCGGGCCAUUGCCCUUGUGGUGUUGUUUGCACUUCCCCGUUCCUGGUGGGUUUCCCCGGCCCCGCCUUCCUCUCCCGCCGCCCCGGAAGCUUCCGGGAUUGACUGUGACCCCGUGGACGUGGCCGCCACUGCUGGCCCUGCCUGGGUGCCCCUGCUCGGGCGUCUCCUUGGAACUCCUGCGGGAGGGCCCUGAGUGACGGCGGGGCCGGGUGGCUCUCCGGCAGACUGUCCCCGGCGGAGACGUCCCUCUCUGGCGACCCCACCCCCGGGAGCGGCAGCCGUGGGGCCGGGGGAGGUCUCCUGCCCCGGGGUGGCAGGUGCGAUGGCCUUGGGUUCCGGUCCUCGGACGUGCCCACUGGCCGUGCUGCCGAAGGCUCCGGCCCCGUGUUGGCGGUGACGUCCCCGACAGUCCUGCAGGGAUGGCCCAGACGCAGCCAUCCGCCUUGCGGUGGCUCCUCAAGACACCCAGGCCGCCCAGUCCGACUGUCCCCUCGGCAGCGCCGUCCGUCCUCGGGGACGGGCUGGGAGCGAGCGAGCCGCGUUGGCUCGCCCCGACCUUCCCGAGCACCGAGGUUUCGGUUCCCGGUCGCUUGUGAGAAAUAAACCUGCAGGGAGCCCGUC